CGACUUUAGAAAGCUUCAAGCAGAAGACCUACUUUUCAAAUAUGAAUUCCGGAUCCAAAAAACACUCUCCUCUCUCUUUUUCUCUCUUUUCCUGCUGUGUUCAGACACCUUCAGGUUGUGCCUCUGCCUCUCUCUCUCCCUGUCCCUCUGAUCUCAAUAACUAUAUUUCCAAAUUUAUUUUUCUGCCCUGUUUCUUUAACUCCUUCACUUAAUUCGCUGACAACUCUCAUACAUUUGUUUCUCUCUCGUCUUCACUCCUUCUUUAAUCACUGCGUCAACCCCAUGUUUAUUUAGGCUCUAGUUGCUCCAGUUUUUGUUGUUCUAGCUCUUUUUUCUAUUUUUCUUGGUGCCCAUUUGGUCUGUUCAGAUAGCUUGUUAAAGCUUUCUUUUUUGUUCAUUUAUCUUGAAAAAGUGCUUGGAAGUUCUCCCAUAUAAAUCAGAUUUUAAAACUGUGGCUCCAUGAUAUCAUGGACUGGUGAACUGGAGGAGUGUCAUCAAGCUAAUGGUUUUCUUCAUUAGUUGUUUCAAGUAGGAGAAUUGGUUUGUUUGGCUCUGAGGAUUAGAAUUCUGUUUCCUUUAUGAUAAAAAAAUGAUUGUGAGGAAGGCCAUGGCACGUAUCUCACCACUGUUUCUGGUUGUUUUGUCUCUUGGGUUUUUCUUUGCGACAUACAACUUGUUAACAAUGACAAUUCAUAAUAGAGCUACGGGGACAUUGGUUGUUGAUGAAUCAGACCAUCGCUUAUUAUCUGAUCCAAUUAUAGAGAUGCCUGAGAAUGUGAGAAAACCAAAAAAUGCCAAGUUGCCCUUCCACAUUGCCCUAACAGCAACUGAUGCUCCUUACAGCAAAUGGCAGUGUCGCAUAAUGUACUACUGGUACAAGAAGAAAAAGGACUUGCCUGGAUCAGAGAUGGGAGGAUUUACAAGGAUUCUGCAUUCAGGAAGUCCUGAUAACCUGAUGGAAGAGAUUCCUACUUUUGUGGUUGAUCCUCUUCCUGCAGGUUUGGAUCGGGGAUACAUUGUCCUAAACAGACCAUGGGCCUUUGUGCAAUGGCUGGAAAAGGCUACAAUUGAGGAAGAAUACAUACUGAUGGCAGAGCCUGAUCACAUAUUUAUAAAGCCCCUGCCUAAUUUGGCACAUGGAGACUAUCCAGCUGCCUAUCCCUUUUUCUACAUUAAGCCUGUUCAAAAUGAAAAAAUAAUAAGGAAGUUCUAUCCUGAGGAACAUGGCCCUGUGACAAAUGUUGAUCCAAUUGGCAACUCUCCUGUAAUUAUCAAGAGGGAGUUGUUGGAGAAGAUUGCGCCUACAUGGAUGAAUGUUUCUUUGAGAAUGAAAGAUGACCCAGAAACUGAUAAAGUAUUUGGAUGGGUGCUAGAAAUGUAUGCAUAUGCAGUAGCAUCUGCCUUGCAUGGCGUGCAGCAUAUUCUUCAGAAGGACUUUAUGUUGCAGCCACCAUGGGAUUUAGAAACUGCAAAGAAGUUUAUUAUUCACUACACUUAUGGAUGUGACUACAACUUAAAGGGUGAGCUGACAUAUGGGAAAAUUGGAGAGUGGCGAUUUGACAAGAGAUCAUACCUACGUGGACCUCCUCCUAGAAACCUUUCCUUGCCGCCUCCAGGGGUUCCUGAAAGUGUGGUGACUCUUGUGAAGAUGGUGAACGAAGCAACUGCGAACCUUCCCCGGUGGGACACACAAUAGAUAGGCUAUGGUUGAAAAGGAUAAAGGCCAUGAAACCUCAAUUUUGACAACAAAGAAAAUUCAGAUCACAGCAUAGCCUCUCAGAAAAGAUCGAUGUAUACAGACCUCAGGUGAAAUAUUUUAAGGUAUCAAAAAGAACAGUGUAGACUGAAUAAGAAUAUUUCAAUUUCAAAAGUAGGGAUUCUGAUUUA